UAUACACUUCCGGAGUAUGCACGGAAUGAGAGAAAUUAUCAGCCCCAAUUUGAAAUCAAUAACAAGAGCAGUGGCAUGAAGACCGUCUAUAAGUCAAGCUUCUUUGGCAUUCCAGGAAAAGGUGAAGAUGUGGUGUGGUUAAGCCAUUGUUUUUAUGUAAAUCUGUUGACAGAGGGCGAUGAAGUGGAAGUUUCGUUCAUGAUUACUAGUGGUGGACACAUUAAGGAGUGUGGAGUCCACUUUCUGUACUUUGAAGAAGAGGAAGAAGUAUUCCAAUACGUUAGCAGUAUACAACAUUCAUGGGAUCAAAGUUAUUCUCUAUCCAUGCCUGAGGCAGGGAUGUAUCGAAUGAGGACAUUACUGCAAUUCCCAGAUAAUUGGGACCAAUGAAUCUGGAGGCUUUUUCUCAAAGGACCUAUGAAAUCGAUCGAAUGCAUGAAAUGAGAGAAGUUCAGGUACCUCAAACGUGUAUCCAUUUUUUCCUACAAUUGGACCGCUCCUAUUCCACAAGAGGACUAAUAAGAAGUAAUGGCGAAGACAUGGGGAACACAUACCUUUCUUCACAAAGAGCUAGCUCUGGGACGUCAAUCUUCAG